CCACGUGAUGAUCCCGCGCCGGCUGCUACGGUUCCGGCGCCGCCGGUGCCUGCUGAGGCUGAUGGCGGUGCUCGGCGUGCUGCUCCUCGGCUGCAAGGUUUACCUGCGGGCUUCGCGGUCCACUUCACACCCGGAAAGUUCAGGUUCAAGCGGUGGUCGUCGGGAACGGCCAGUUCCAGUGGACCACCGGAUUCGAACCUCGGGAUGCACGAUGCCGCAGUUCGACCCGUUCGACCCGUCCGUCAAGCCCUACUCCCACCACCAUCUUGAGGGCGGCGGCAGUUGGUGCCAAGGAAAGCCAAACUUCCUAACGAUCAGGAACGGUUACGUAGCAAUACUUGAAGAGAAGCUCAAGGAACACGACGUGCGUCCUGAGGACCUGGUGUGCUUCUACAAGGAAAUCCAACGAAAUCAGUCUGCAGCCAACCCCGAAAAUGUUACCGCGUACGGGAACCGACAACCGCUGCUGUUCGACAAGCCGUUGAAGGAGGAGUUUGUCUCUGUCGAAUGUUCCACAAUACAGUCGCCAAACCAGACUUUUCACAACCAAUACUUGCUCAACGCGGUUGUCAAGAAGGAUGUCGAGGAGCGCUGCGAAAAAGUUAAUAACACCGCGCUCCGCAAAUUAAGUGUCCUGGUUCUCGGCCUAGACUCGAUCUCGUACCUUAAUCUAAACAGGCAUCUGCCCGCGACGGCGCAGUUUUUGCGGGAAGAGCUCGGUGCUUUCGAACUGCGCGGAUACCACAAGAUUGGUGACAACUCGUACCCAAACCAGCAUGCCCUCCUCACUGGCCUGAAGUUUGCCGAGACAUGGCGGUAUGCGCCGAAAGGAUUCUAUGACAACCUUACUUCGCGCUUAAUCUGGCAGCAAUAUGGUGAGCGGGGCUACCGAACAAUGUUCCUCGAGGAUUGGCCGUGGUAUGGGACGUUUAAUCGCUUCGCUAAUGGAUUCCGGCGCCCUCCGGCCGAUUACUAUCCGCGACACGUCAUUAUGGCCAUGGAGAACUCGUCCAAGUGGAUUACGGAAGACACAAACCAGCCCCGUUGUUUGGGACCCACGAUGAUAUUCGAGGAAAUGUUGGAUUACCUUGCUCGCUUCGCAGACGUGAUGGCUGAGCGACUUUUCUUCGCCUACGCAUGGUUCAACGAAAUCACGCACAAUUCCCUGAACAGCGCCGGGUACGCCGACGAACCAUUCCGGCGACACCUCGAAACAUUGCGCGUUUACGGUGCGCUCGACAACACGGUUCUCGUUUUCCUCAGCGACAACGGCUUGCGGUUCGGCGACUCACGUGCCACGUAUAUCGGCAAGUUCGAAGACCGCCAACCCUUCGCAUUCCUGGUCUUCCCGCCGUGGUUCCUCGAUGAGAAUCCAAAGGCUGCGCGCAGUCUUCUUUACAACCAGUUCCGACUGACCACUCACUUCGACGUGCACGCGACGCUCGCCGAGCUGCUGCACUAUCCGAGCGUCCAACGGCCGCAGACUAAGUACGGCCGCAGCUUGCUGCACGAAAUACCGGAGGCAAGGACGUGCGCUGACGCGCACAUAGGAACCCACUGGUGCGUGUGUAACGUACGCGGCGAUGUCGCCGUGACGAGUACGCUUGCCUUGGCAAUGGCAAACCGUCUCGUUGCUUGGAUCAACGGAUUGGUGGCGCAGGCAACGCGUCAGUGCGCCGAGUUCCGACUGCUCCGGGUGAUGGACGUGACGGCGUUACAGGUGACGCACAACACGAGUCACUAUUGGGUCACCGUCCAGCUGUCACCAGGCAACGCUAUUUUCGAGGGCACCGUGCUUGUCACUGGUGACGCCAUGACUGCGCUGAACGACAUUAGCCGCAACGAUAGACGCACCACAGUGUCCCGUUGCGUGUGGGGUCACUGGCUUGAGAAAUACUGUUACUGUCUCCGUACUGUCGAACAGCAGAUGUGAAUUAUGCUCCUUGAACACGCAGGAGGGCAUCGUAAUGUUUACACUGCGGUAGUCUGCUC